AUGGAGAGCCUCCCUUCUACCUCCUGGCAUGCUUCGUCUAGUCCACCAAGGUCCCAUUCCAGCACGAAUAAACUUGAGCCACCACCGCCUACCCCAUCUUACGAUGCAUCCGCGCUCUUGAUUCAACCGUCGCCCCUCCUGACCUCGUCUUUACAUACCCGGAACUCAGCGACUUCCGCUCAGGAGUCGGCUUAUCUCCGACAGGCAAACUGGCUUCAAUCAGUCCGAUGUGUACUGGCGGGAUUGACUAUUGCCACUGCCACAGCUGCUGUGGGCUGCGAGGGACAUGUCCUGCACAGCUAUAACAGAACGCAUAUGGGAGCAGACUGGCAUUUACCGCCCCUUUGGCCGACGAAUGUGGACGUGAGGCCGACCUUGGCAAUUUUGAUUUCCGCCACCAUCAUCACGAUCCUCUAUCUCAUUUAUUUGGUCGUGUCACUCAUUCCAACACCGUACUCCCGUACACUUUUGUACAAUGUCAUUUUCCUUGUGUCUUCCCUGGCCGGCCUGAUCCUGUGCAUCUUCACCGUCCCUUUUAACAGUCUUCUCACCAAUCCCACCUCUCGUCAUCACCGGGACUCGAUCCAAUCAUGGACAUGCAAAUUCUCCCAUGGCGCCUCGCAAUUCAUGGCCGAUGCUCAUUCCUUGCAAAUUCCAGUUUAUGUAUCCCACGGCAUCCCGGUCCCUGCGGGCUUCAAGAGACUGUGUAUGGAGACCGAGGUCAGUCAAGGUUUGAUUGCAGGGUUGAUGGCCCUGGAGGCAGUGAAUGUCGGCGUUGCUGCAGUUGGCGUGUGGCUGGAAAGAAGGAUCACAAGCAGAAGAACGCAGAGGUAUGCUAAAAAGGUGACGGUGUCUUUUGAGAAGUAG